AAGGAUGAAUUUUAUGUGCAUUAUCUUUUUUUUUUUUAAUUAUAUCUUAACAAAAAAAUAGAACCAAAAGGAGUAAAGUACGUGGGAGACUUGUCGGCUGUCAAAGGUCCUUUCUCUGGUUCCAGACGCCUGUUAGACAAGAAUGUGGCCUUGUGGAGGGAGGGCAGGGCGCUGAGAUGGCAGUAGGACCGGGGGGCUGUCCUGGGGCUGGAGCUGGACAGGUGGGCUGGGGCCUCUGCAUCCUGCUCCCACUCUCUGGGUGGAGAUGGAAGGCCAGAGGGAGGCUCCUGGCACCUGGGGUGCAGGAAUCUCAGGAUUCCUGAGCCCAUGUUUCCAGAGACUGGGUCCUCUCCAGGGCAGGGAGGCUAGCUGGGGCCCCAAUUCAGACAUGGGACUCUGGUGGCCUGGCUGGCAUCUGGGGAUCUGGUGGCAUCCCCUUCAGUCCUGCACUGGGGCCUGGCACUGGCCUGCCCCACCCUAUAGCCCAGCCCAGCCCCCUCAGGGUAGGCCUGGCUGGUGGGAGAGGGUGGGGUGCAUUUACAUUUUCAGGUCUUUCCAGGCCUUGGCCAGCCUCUCAGCCUGACUAACCGGCUCCUCCAGGCUCAAGGUGCUGGGGCGGGGGUGUGGCAGGAGGUAGCCAGAUCAGCCCCAGGCUGCGGAUGUGGAAGAAAGCUGAGCUCGGGUGGCCAUCAUGGGGCUCCCCCAGAGGCAGCGUGGCCCAUCGGUCCUGCUCCUCCUUGUGGGGGCACUGGUCUGGCCCCCAUCCUGUAUGAGCCUGGGUGAGUGGGGAUCCUGGAUGAACUCACCCGGCUGGACCCAAGGGGCUGGGACACCCGCUGGGGUGAUUGGAUCCUGGGAGCCCUCCCCGCCGCCAACGGGGGAGCGGGGAGCAGGUCCCAGGACCCUCAUGCCUAUCUCCGUGGCCACAGAGCUGAUCCCCUACACGCCGCAGAUAACAGCCUGGGACCUGGAAGGAAAGGUCACAGCCACCACGUUCUCCCUGGAGCAGCCUCGCUGUGUCCUGGAUGGGCAUGCCAGCGUUGCCAACACCAUCUGGCUGGUGGUGGCCUUCAGCAAUGCUUCCAGGGACUUCCAGAACCCGCAGACACGAGCUGAGAUCCCAGCCUUCCCACGGCUGCUGACUGAUGGCCACUAUAUGACGCUGCCCCUAUCCCUGGACCAGCUGCCCUGUGAGGACCCCAAGGGUGGCAGCAGGGACAUCCCCCUGCUGCGGGUUGGCAGUGACCCCGGCUGCCUUGCUGACCUCCACCAGCCGCCCUACUGCAACAGCCCCCUCCCCAGCCCUGGACCUUACAGAGUGAAGUUCCUCCUGAUGGACGCCAGGGGCUCACCCCUGGCCGAGACCAGGUGGUCCGACCCCAUUGCUCUCCACCAAGGGAAGGCGCCAGCCUCCAUCGACACGUGGCCAGGGCGGCGCAGUGGUGACAUGAUCAUCAUCACCUCCAUCCUCUGCUCUCUGGCCGGCCUCCUGCUCUUGGCCUUCCUGGCAGCGUCCACUGCGCGCCUCUCCAGCCUGUGGUGGCCCGAGGAGGCCCUGGAGCAGCUGCGGAUUGGCUCCUUCAUGGGGAAGCGCUACAUGACCCACCACAUCCCACCCAGCGAGGUCCCCACCCUGCCUGUGGGCUGUGAGCCUGGCCUGGACCCCCUCCCCAGCCUCAGCCCCUAGCCUGGCCCACGUGGCUGGGGCGUGGCCACAGGGAGUGGGGGGCAAGGACCUGGGGCUCAUUCCCAGCCCCUGCGCCCACACGCCCCUCCCGCAUCGCACUUCCCCACCCUGCCCGCAGUCCCACUGAUAGAGGAAAGAUGUCAGUGUUCGUAGCCCACUGCCGAGAAGGAACUCUUGAGACGUCUUUGGUGCAAAAAGGUGGUUUUAUUAAAGCACGGGGACGGGACCCAUGGGCAGAAAGAGCUGCUCUGGGGUGGUGAGGAGUGGCCCAUUACAUAUAUACUUCCAAGCUGGGAGGGGGUUAGGGAUAGCGUAAGUUUCUAAGGAAUUUUGGAAGCAAGGUUUCCAGGAUCCUGAGGGAGCUAGCUAUUGUUAGGAAAGGGUCAUUUAUUACUGUCUAGUAAAAAGUGUCACGAGACCCUUCAGAUGUAUAUCAGUGCAUCAUAUGCUUGGAGAAUGACUGCCAACAUGUAUCUUGGGGGUUUAGAGAUAAAGGAAGUUUCCAAAGGAAUUUUUCUGCGUUAAGUAGACUUACAGGGUUCUGGGGUCAAGCUAAGAUUGCCUUUUGCCCUUAGUAAAGUGUCAACAUCCAAGCAGCUGAGUCCCUAGAGGAAUGUCACUCUGCUUGUUUCAAGGACUUGUCAGUGGUUGUUAAGUAGUAAGGAAAUUUAAUAAUUUCUCUUCUGCCUUCGUUUCCCACAUCACCACCACCAGCAGCCCUGACUUUGCCCUUCCUGUUCUGCCCUCCCCAGAGAGGGUCAGGGUCAGGCUAGCAUGCAGCUCCCACUUCCAUCCCCACCUCUGUUCUGCCUGGCCUCUUGCGGGAGAGGCUAGAGGUGAUGUGCAGAGGCUGCCCUGACCAGAAGCUUCCAGGCUCCCGGGAGAGGGGUGCAGGGAGCCUUGCUCUGCCCUGUGCAGGGGACUGGGCCGGGCCCAUCACGGUUUGUAUGCGGCCUGAGCCUCCCUCUGUCUCUCUGCCCCACCUUCCAGUGGCUGGGCACUUCGGAGACGGGCCCUUUCUGAGGGUGGCCAGAAGGUCAGAGUGUAGACGCACAUUGUGACCAUCUGACCACUUCCAACGCCACUGCACACACAGAUGGCUUACUCGUUCCCACUCCACAAACAUUUAUUAAACACCUGCUGUAUGCCACUGACCGUGUUAGACAUAGGGCCUCAAGCAGAGCCAGUCCUGAUCUUGGGGAACUCACUCACCACUCUGGACCUGAGAUGACCACGUGUCCAGAUGUGAUCUGUUACUGUUAGGGCUGUCACGCCUUCAGCUUGUCACAUGCUCUCGGGUUCGCGCUCCUUAGAUGAUCACCCCAACAGGCUCUCAGGUCUCUCAGGCGGGGAGCCCAUCACCGGCUGUUCACAAGGCCGGUGGUUCCUGCUGUGGCCACACGGGGGUGCCGGUGCGCCGCAGCCGUCCGGCCCCGCGCACGCGCACUCCUAUCCACAGAGCAGCCGGGCGCUGUGGGCUGGGGGCGGCGGCAGUGACCUGAAGCCGAAGAGCAGUGGCCACUCAGUGGGGUCCCGGAGGUCGGGGCCCCAGGCCUCAUCUCGACCAAACCAGAGGGAUGAGCAGUCACGCUCCUGCUUGAGGGCCUACUGUGUGCCGUCCAAACUGCACAACCGCCACCGGUUUCUAGCUGGAGAAACUGAGGCUCCGCGACUUGCCUCGCGCUCUGUCCCUGGUGCCGCGCCGCUCCUGGCUUCUCCGGCCUGACCGCGGGUCCCAGCAUGCAGGCUCCGCUGGGGGGCGCCCGCUCUGGUUGGGGAGAGGAGCAUCUGCACCAGGGACCGCCCUGAGCCUGUCCCUUUGACUGGUAGCCCUAACUGCACUUUGGGGGUGCCCCAUCGCCUAAUGAGCCCCAGGGAAACCCACCCUUGCAUCUCAGGGCCAAGAGGCCAACCAACCACCAAGGCAGCUUCUGUGGCGUGAGCAGUGCUCCCUCCCAGGCGAACACUUCAGGGAGGUUUUGCUGUCAAAACCCGUGAACCCCUGGUCCCUAGUGGUUUAUCCGCCAUCCUACCUGCACCCCCACCAGCCACAAGACCUCCUCCAGGUGCAGGCAGAAGCAGAUUCAAAUGUAGUCAAGAGCUCUGACUCCAGGGUCCUGGGUGACAUCGGCCAGCCCCUUUGGGCAGCCACUUUUGAAAUUCUGCUGCUAUGGAACUGAGGACCGUCUUGGCCUCUUGGAAUCGGAGAAGGGUUAAAAGUGCCCCCCACCCUCACCAGCUAUGUCCAGCAGAGCCCGCCUCCCACUGUCCUGUCCAGGCCUGGCUCCAACACCACAGGGAGUAGGACCUCUAGGCGCAGACACCCAGCUUGGGGCCUGCCCGGGGGUGGGGUAUGGUGAGGAGGAAGAGGCUUUCCCUGGUGUUUGCUGAGUGAAAACAUGAAUGAGUCAGCCCAGGGCUGGACAUCAGGCAGGAGCAGGAAUUACCCCAGGCUUUUGUGUGUCCCAGGGCCUUCUUGUAGCUUAUACUGAUCCUAGACACAGCCCCAGCGAUGUCCCAUGUGUGCCCAGGGCUGCUGCUUGCUUCUGAACAGCACCCCGGAGCCCUGGGAUGAGCUGUCCUCACCCCAUCCGGCCAUCUGAGCCUUGACGGGGGAGACAGGCUCCAGACAGACAUUGCAGCACAAUGGGUAAAGCAUUGCCCGGGGGAAGAAAGUGACCCCACCUGCAGGUCAAGGGGGCUUCCCAAGGGUGACUUCUGAGAUGAGUCCUGAGGGGCACAUGGAAAUGACUUAAG